AUUCCGUAUAUCUACUGUACAUACUAAGGUGCUUAAUGCUUCCAACACUGAGUAGCGCGACUGUUAUUAAAAUACUGCAGAUAUACUUUCCAUGUUCCGUUAUACACAAUUUGAACAGUGCUACUGAUAAAAACGGGACGAUCGCACGUAUACAGUAAUGACAUCAUUUACACAGUACUAAAAGUUUAUAUCGGAAUACAUGGUAAAAUCGUAGUGUUAUAGAUCUCCCUGUUCAUCUAUGGCGUUGUGCAUCUCCCUACUCAUCUCUGUUUUCACGGUCCAAGUUUUAUUUCGGCAUCGAUGCGCCACAUGAGCAGGUGGCCCUCGAACCAGUCUCACGUUUUUGAUUGGUCAGGUAUAUAUAGUAAUACUACGCGUGAUAUUCGUGAGCUCCGUGAGAAGCAUGGACUCCGCCUAUAUGGCGCGUCGACGCCAAAAUAAAAUUUGGACCAUGAAAAUUGGCUCAUUGGCCAUCUUCCUACCCAUCUCUCAUGCGAGUGUUUUUACUUGCUCCGGAGUACUACAGAUGUAUGGCACAACUCCUCAUUGGAGGAGGCAGCCAUAAGGAAAGGAAGGAAGCACUACAGGUGUGUUUGAAAAUGAGCCGAGAGCACAUAGCUCAUCGUUGUCUCUCUAUUUAUUGCAUGUAUUUGAUCGAGACACAACAUGCUCUCAGCAUUCUCGACUCAUUGUCGAACACACAUAUAGUGCUUGGGAACACGUAAAAACGCUGCACAAUGGACCUUAUAUCAACAAGGAAGAAACGUUUACUAUUUCGCCACCGGUGACACCAUGCUUUGGAUCAGCUCCAUCUACAACUAUUUAAGUUUCAAGAUCUGAAAAGUUGGUUGUAGAUUUUUACGUGACGGUUGACAAACCUUGCAUGCAGGCUUUUUCAACUGCCUUUUUUGUUUUAUUUUCUAUCUUUUGUACAAUUUUGAGCCAGUUAGCAACAGUGAUUUUUCAUAUAGCGUCAUGCUAAACACCAAGACACUUAUUUGUGAGACCGAUGCCAAUCAUUUUGAUAGAUGUAUACUUAACACAGGGAUUCUCGAGGAGGAAGUGGUUGUUGUAGGAAGACUGGCAGGCUGGGUAAGGUGCGAACAGAUAAAUGGGAAGUUUGGAGAUUGGUUUUUGAUGUUCAUUUAUCCAUUGUACGAAAUUAAAAAGUUGAAAAAUGAAUUUCGAAAACAUUUCGCUCCUACUGAUAUUCAUUUUAUGUGCUUGUGUAUGCACGGACACGCAGCAGUGGAUGUAAUUCAUAGAUUUACUACUUAUAAUGAUAAAUCGAAAUUUGCAAUUGCAUUUGUGAUCAAUAAUAAUGAACUAUUUGAGUUUUCAACAUCUACAAAAAAGAAAUCCACCUUUGAAGUAAUUCUGAUUGAUAGCAUAGUAUUUCUUUCAGGAAAUGUUGCACCAUUAUGCAGUGAUUUCCAUAGAUGGAAAAGAGAAAGCCUUGCCCGUCUCGAACGUUAUUUAUCAAGGGAAGAAGAAUUUUGUUUGGGAAUUUGUGAAGAAUCAGAAAAGAAUAUUGAGGUAAUUAUUAUUUUCGAAGAUAAAGAUGGAUUCGGUGCAUCAGCUAUAGAAUUGGAACAGGAAAUCACAAAGUUACGUAAUCUGACACGACGCAUGCAUUUGACACACAAUGCUACUGCGACUCAGUCUGAUGAAGCCUCUCCAGUAAUUGAUUUUACUGAAUCAGAAGAUACGAAUACAUUACCUGAUAUAUCAGAAACUUCUACAAAAUCAAAUCAAUUGGAAACGUGGGAAAGUGAAAGGAAGAUUAAAUCAAGAAUCAGUACAGACUCAGAAGAACUCAGGCAUACCAAAAAAAAUAUUGAAUCAGUUUGCAAAACUGUAACGGAACAAUUUGAAAUAUUUGGUACUCGUAGACUGUCUGACAAUGUAAGUUCUGGAAGACAACCACAGUUUUUAUCAACAAGCUUCAAACUCUUAAAUAGUAUACAGUUUAUAACUAUGGGUGUUAUGAUCGAUUGUAAUUCUCCUCAAACGGAAUUUCGUUCUCGAGGAGCAUACGACCUCGAGUUCGAUCAGUUUCUAGCUAAUAAGGAUAAGAAGUGAAAGGGUUUGUACCAUCGGUCCAAUCAAUUCUGGGAAGGAGAGAAUUGGAAAUCAAAUAAUUAAUAAUAAGAACCAGAAAAUGUAAAACUUAAAUUUAGUGUACAAUGUAUGUAAUUUAAUGUAAAUUAAAGUUUUACAAUUGCAAA